GAAAACAGUCGCUCUCCGUCGGCCGAGAGGGCCGGGCGUCAUUCGAAAUUCAAAAUUAAACUUUGUAUUCGAAAUUCGAAACUUCGAGUUCGAGCCGCGAGUGUUUUGUUUUCAGUGCUUCGAAGUGUUUGUUUUCGAGAAGGAGGCAAAGAGUUCAGCUAGUUCGUGCCAUCAAAAAAUGCGGGCCUGUUCAACGUGACAGUUCAAAAGGAACCACCAAGAUGUCGUUCAAACAGCUCACAAACAACACUAUCGCUAAGGUCUACAACCAUCUGUUUGUGGAACUAGCAGAUCCUCGCACCAACGACUGGUUCCUCAUCAGCAGCCCGAUCCCCGGGCUGACCAUCCUCUACCUGUACCUGAAGUUCGUGCGGACAUGGGGCCCUCGCUACAUGGCCGACAAGCCGCCCUUCCAGUUCCAGAAGACCCUGAUCGUCUACAAUUUCUUGCAGGUGCUUGUUAGCUGCUGGCUGUUCCAUGAGGGGCUAGAUGCGGGCUGGCUUCGGACAUACAGUUGGAAAUGCCAACCCGUCGACUUCUCAGAUAGCCCGGAAGCGAUGCGAGUGGCCCGAGGAGUCUACGUGUACUUCCUCGCGAAGAUGUCGGAGCUCCUGGACACGGUGUUCUUCGUGCUCCGCAAGAAGGACCGCCAGAUCACCUUCCUCCACAUGUACCACCACACCGUCAUGCCCAUGAUAUCCUGGGGAGCGACUAAAUAUUACCCUGGCGGGCACGGCACGCUCAUCGGCGUGAUCAACUCGUUCGUGCACAUCAUCAUGUACUCGUACUACAUGCUCGCCGCCAUGGGGCCCAAGUACCAGCGGCUGUGCUGGUGGAAGUCCUACAUUACUACUUUACAAAUGGUCCAGUUCUGCAUAGCAUUCCUCCACUCCUCCCAACUGCUGUUCUACGACUGCGGCUACCCUCGCUGGUCCGUUGUCUUUACUCUUCCCAACUCCAUCUUCUUCUACUACCUCUUCUGGGACUUCUACGACAAAGCCUACAAGAAACCAGAUGCCAAAGGUGCUAAAUCUAACGGCCGAUUGAAAGAAAAUGGCGUCAAAGGUCAUAAAAAAAUUGAAAGCAACGGGAUUAAGGACAGGAGUAAUGAUAAGAAAGUGAAGUGAA